AUGGUACGCAAGCAGAACGCCGACGAGGGCAUCCCGCAGGUGAUCGUAACCGGGCAGGAGCCGGUAGGCGAGGGUGGGUCGGUUUCGCGUGAAGGAACCCGCUCCCGGGAGCCGUCCCGCGACCGCCGGUCCCGCUCCAUCUCGCGGCUCCGAGCCGACGAUCCGCUGCGCCGGGAGAUGAUGCUGAUACGCGAGAAGUCCCCGUUCGAGAUCGGCGAGAACCGGAACGUGCAGGUGGCGUCCUGCAAGGCCAUCAUCGACAAGGCGCUGGUGAUGGACGUGUCGGGCGGCGUGACGAACGUGGACGAGUACGUGUCGCUCUUCUUCUCGUCCGGCUGCGUCAUCGACGAGGCGUCCUGCAAGGAUAUCUCGACCGUGGUGGAGGUGACGAUCGUCGAGGAGGAAGAGGAACGGCCCGAGCUGGUGGUGAUGCCGAUGGUUGAGGCCCUGCCAGCGAUCGAGGAGGACGGCGAGGACAAAAAAAAACCGACCGAUGAGCGAGAAGAUAGCCUGCAAAACGAACCCCAGGAGGGGGCAGGGGAAGCUGCUGAGGUUGAUGGCGGGGUAGCGGCCGACGACGAGCCACCCGCCGAGCAGCAAUCGGCCGACGCAGAAGUCGAAGAUGUCGUCGCCGAGGAAUCGCAGGCCGAACCCGAGCCGGAGCCCGAAGCGGCGGGCGCCGACGAGCAGGCGGAGGCAGAGGAUUCUGAUUUAAAAGACGACGAAUCGGAGGGAUCUUUAAGCGAGUUGGACGAAUCGUCCUCAGUACUAUCCUACAGUAGCAUGUCGGUGGACGAAGUGGAUCCCUCCGCGUGGCGCGUGUUCCACGAGGACGAGGACGAGAUCGCGAUCCUGAAGUUCGAGCAGGGCGAGGAGAAAACGCCAGAACCGACCGAGAAGGAGAAGGAUGCCGAGUUCCAGCGGCUGCGCAUGGUGUCGCGCCCGGCGAGGUACCUCACCAAGCUAACCGACCGGAGCGCCCCUACCGGCUCGACGAUCAAGCUGCAGUGCACGAUCGAGGGGCUGGAGGUGACGGUGCGGUGGCUGAAGAACGAUGCGCCCAUCGAGCGGACCGCCAACCUACAGACGACCGCCGUCGACGGGCUGCACACGCUCACCAUCAAGGACCUCAAGCACUCGGACGCCGGCGAGUACACGAUACUGGCGAAGAACCGGGCCGGCGAGAUACCGUCGAUCGCCCGCGUCAAGGUGUACGACGCGAUGAAGGCCGACUGUCUGCUUCCAGUAUUCGUUAAAGUUAGAGAUUACUAUCACCAUCAGCUGAACGAUCUGGUCAUUGAGUGCACGAUCAUGUUCCAGAAGUACUGGUCCAUCCCGACCGUGACCUGGCUCAAGGAUGACGUGCCGAUCGCGUUGGACCAGCGCAUCGGAGCCACGUACGAGGGUGGCGAGAUAUUCCAGCUGAACAUCUACGAUCCUACCCCGGAGGACAGUGGAUGCUACACGUGUAUCGCGGAGAAUGAGGCCGGCCGCAGUACGAUCACGCAUGUGGUCGAUUUCGCCGAAAAGGUGCCGUACAUGCGCCUGCCGGGUAUCACCAACGCGGACCGCAAACUCCUGACCGAGGAGGAAGCGGAGGAGCGUAAACGCGACGAGCAGCGCUUCAAAAAGGAAGCCCAGGAACGGCUGGCGGGCGGUGGCCGGUCGCGCCGUGACGAGGAGGUGAAGGAGCCGUACGUUGAGGACUCGUUCGUCAUACGCGACUCGAAGAACAAGCUCAGCUGGGCCGGCCAGCUUCACAACAUCACCACGCAGAAGGGAACGGUGGUGAAGAUGACCUGCUCGGCGAACGGUCCGAUGCCGAUGUUCAAGUGGCAGCGCAACGGGCGCGCCAUCGACUUCGGCGACCACAUCAAGCUGAUGAACAGUGGUGCGAUCGGGCAGAUCGUGAUCAACGGUGUGACGAGCAAGGAUGCGGGCGAGUACACCUGCACGGCGAAGAACAGCUUCAACGAGGUGAAGACGACGUGCGUGCUCAAGGUGAUCACGCUGCCGUCGGCCGAAACAACGCCCGCCACCUUCACGAGGGCGGUGAAAGAGUUCUACGACAUCCGCGCGGACGAUCUGGUGCUCGAGGUGAACGUGCACGGCGUCCCGAAGCCGACGAUCCGAUGGCUCAAGGAUGGCGAGGAGGUGACGCUCGGCGAGAAGCUGCUCGUGAACCGCGAACCGAACGGCGUGUACCAGCUGUGCAUCCACAAGCCGGUGCCGGACGAUUGCGGCGUGUACGAGUGCCAGGCGACGAACGACGGUGGCACGGCGAAGGUGACGCACGAGGUGAGCUUCACCAGCAAGGACAAGCUCAUUCACGUACAGCACAUCGAGCACGCGGACUACUUUAAAAGGCGUCUCGAGAACAAGGAAGCGGCUAGUCUACACCUGACGGCGGAACCGGCGCAACCAACGGCGGACGUACCGCAGCCCACCAGCGCACAGCCAGCGACAGAAGUUCCCAGCGAACCGGCAGCACCGAGCGAGGGACAAGCGGCGGAGGCGGACGGCACCUCGGCGGAGCCGACGACCACAACCGAGGACGGUACAGAGCAGGGGGAGACCGCGCCGGCACCGGCGGAACAAGCAUCGUCCGCCCCGAAACCGAAGCCAGCGUUUAAGGCGAUGGGACGCAAGCGCUUCGAGGAUGGCCCGGUCGAGCCGUUCAUCAUUCGCGACUCCAAGAACCGGCUCAUGUGGGAGACGAAGCUGAAGAACCAGACGGCCCCGGCCGGCAACAUCAUGAAGUUGACGUGCAGCGUCACCGGCCCGCAGCCGACGUACAAGUGGUUGAAGAACGGCAAACCGCUCGUCUGGAGCAAGACCGUCAUCAACGCCACGAAGGCCGAGUUCGGGUGCGUACGCAUCACACCGACGACGGAGGCCGAUUCGGGCGAGUACACUGCGGUGGCGAAGAACAGCUUCGGCGAAAUCGAAUGCGCCUGCACGGUGAACAUCUUUGCCGCGGCGAAGGACAUCGAGACCGUUCCGAUGUUCACCAGAGUCAUCGAUUACUACGAUUCCCUGGUGGACGAUCUGAUCCUGGAGGUGCAUGUGCGCGGUGUGCCCGAUCCGAAGCUGCACUGGGAGCGGGAUGGCAUUGAAUUCACCAACGAAACCGAUCGUGUCAUCAUUUCCCGUGAAGGAGAUGGUGUUUAUCGACUGAGUAUUCACAAUCCGGAAAAACUGGACGGAGGCCGCUGGGUGGUGACGGCAAAGAAUCGAGCUGGUGAGGAAAAGCUGAAGCAUUCGGUCACGUUCAAGGGGCGCGAGUUCUACCAGAGUCAGCUGACGCACGGCAUCUAUCACGCCGACAAGCCGAUCACACGCUCGGAAGAGGAUGGCGUCGUAUAUGGUACGCGGUCGCGUUCGGUCUCUCGAGCCGCCUCCGUUGCCCGCCAGCUGCCAGGCGGUCCGGAGCCGGACAUCUCGGCCGUGGAGGAAGGACAAGCUGCGGCCACCGCCGAGCCUGCACCGGAGCAGCCGGUAGCGGAAGGUGAGGCCCCACCGGCCGAGGAGCCGGUAGUGAAGAAGAAGAAGGAACCGAAGCAGUGGCGCAAGAACCUGCAGGGUCUGCUGAAGGGCCGCAUCCCGGGUCCGAUCGCCGAGGAACCGACCAAGCACAAGGUGUUGGAGGUCAAGCAGAAGCUGUACUUUGAGGCGAACCUCAAGAACCAGACCGUUGCCGAGGGGGCGCACAUCAAGCUGGUGUGCUCGGUUGUCGGCCCUCAGCCGACGAUCAAGUGGUUCAAGAACAACAUUCCGCUCGUGUGGAGCAAGAAUGUGAAGAACGACACCAAGCUGGGCGUGGGUGCGGUCCAGAUUGUGGCCGCCGAGCUGGGUGACUCCGGCACGUACAAGUGUACGGCCAGCAACACGUCCGGUGAGGUCGAAACGAGCUGUAAGGUGGUCGUGUUCCCGACACCGGAGAAGCAGUACGUCGCACCAACUUUCGUGCGCAACGUUAAAGAGCACUACGACAUCCAGACGAACGAUCUCAUUCUGGAGGUGAACGUACGCGGCAACCCACCGCCAACGGUCAAGUGGCUCCGGGAUGGUAUCGAUCUGCAGGAUCCGACCGGCGAGAAGUUCUUCCCGAUGCGCGAACCGGAUGGCGUGUUCAAGCUUACCAUCCACGACCCGCAGGCCAAGGAUGAGGGUCAGUACGCGUGCCAGGCCAGCAACGUGGUCGGUAAGGACGUCAUCCGGCAUGCGGUGCGGCGCAUUAUGGAGCGCAAGGUGGCCGAGAGCCACGUGUUCGGCAUCGCCUACCACGAUCCGGGCGUGAUGAAGCACGGUGUGUACGAGGAACCACCGAAGCCGGAACCAGUGCAGCGGGCCCACCGGGAGUUUGUCUUCCUGGAGGAUGGCUCCUACUACAUUCGAGGUCAGACGCCGGUCGAAUUCUGGGAAUGGGAAACGGACACCAGCGCCCCGAGCGAGUACGAGGAGUACGUGUCCGAGCCAGAGAAAGAGGAGGAGGUCCCAGCAGAGGUAGUCCCCGAACCGGAGCCUGCGCCGGUCGAGCCACCACCGCCGGUCGGUCCGUCCCCUUCACCCGACUUCCUGAUUAAGACGCCACCACCGAAGCAACCACCUCCGGUCGAGGCGGAUGACGAGGAGGAGGACGAGGAGGAAGAGGAGGAGGAGGAAGCGCCAACGCCACCGCCCAAGCGGGGACCGAAGAUCAAGAAGAUGCGCAAGAAGCGCGUCAAGCAGCAGCCCGCUCAGGAGGAAGUCCCAGUGGAGUCGACGGAGACACCGGUUGCAGUCGCGGCAGCACCAGCACCUCCGGCACCAGAGCCAGCCCCGGUCGAAAGCAGUGCUCCAGUGGAUGCGGGCGAAACCCCCGCUGGCCAAGAGGAGCUCUCCGAGGUGGAGAAAGAGAAGCAGCGCAAGGAACGCUACCUGCGCCUCUUCCCGGAGCUCAAUCCGGACGGUACGAAGCGGGUGGACGCGCGCGCCGUACUUCGCUUCGGCAGUACGCUGCACGACAUCAGCAUCGUCGAGGGUAAGCCGGUGCGCCUUUUCUGCACCGUGCUCGGCUCGAAGGCCGAUUUCAAGUGGUUCAAGAACGGCGAACCGAUGGAGUUCACCAAGCAGAUUAAGAACUUGUCCGACGCGAAGGAGGGAACCGGCGUGAUCCAGUUCAACAGUGCGUCCCGGGCCGACUCGGCAGAGUACGAGGUGGUGGUGAAGGAUAAGGCAGGCGCGGUCAUUCGUGCCACCUGCCGGUUGACGGUGCUACCGGCUCCGGUGCGCAUCCCGGUGGCGGAGGGUGAACCCCCGCGGUAUGUGCGCUGCAUGACGCAGCAUUACGACUUCCGUGUGGACGACCUGAUACUGGAGACGCAGAUCAAGGGUACCGGGCAGAUCCGGGUCGAGUGGUACUUGGACGGUAUCAUCAUCCCGAACAACGAGAAGUUCAUCCAGAUUCGCGAACCGCACGGUAUCCACAAACUGUGCAUCCACAAUCCGCAGAUCCGUGACAACGGGCGCUAUAUGGUGCGGGCGAUGAACGACUUCGGCACCGAGGACCUCAAGUACACGCUCCGCUUCGAGGGUAAGGCGGCGGCGAUGCCGCUCUACCAUAUGCAUCACGCGGACAAACGCACCAAGCCGUCGUACGAGGAUGAGAAACCGCCGGAGCCACGCCAGCAUCGGGAGGUGGUGUUCCUCGAGGAUGGCUCGUACUACCUGAAGGGCCAAACGCCCGAGCGCUUCUGGGAGUGGGAAACGGACACGGAUGCCGAGAGCGAGUACGAGGAGUACGUGCCCGGGCUCACCAGUGACGAGGAGGAGGUGGAGGAAGAAAAGGAAGCUGCCGAAGAGGAGCAAGCGGCACCGGUGGAGAAACCCGCUACGCCAGCCAAAACACCGGUCCCGGAAGCGGCUGCAGAUGUCGCAGAACAAGAGGAGGAAGAGGUGGAGGAAGAGGAGGAGGAAGCACCACCGAAGCCGCCCAAGCGUGGUCCCAAGAUCAAGAAGCUACGCCGAAAGCUGCCGAAGAAGGAAUCGCCGGAGAAGGUCGUGGAACAGCCGAAACCGGUGGCACCACCGAGGCCUGCAGCGCCGGCAGUGUCGGCGGACGGUAAACCAAAGGUGAAGCUCAGCCAACUGAUCUCGAGCGGACAGAGUUUGGUUCCACCGGAGACACCACGGGUUCGCCACUGGCAGAAGCCGGUCGAGGUGGAGUUCAUCUCGCACCUGCGCAGUGGUACGAUCAAGAAGGGCAAGAACGUGACGCUCAACUGUUGCUGCUCGGACGCGAAGAAGAUCGAGGUGACCUGGCUGAAGGACGAUGUGCCGCUGGUGAUGGGACCACGGUGCCGUUCCGACGUCACCCGCUUCGGACACUGCACGCUGGACCUGGUGGACCUGCGCCUGGAGGACUCGGGCGUGUACAAGUGCGUGGCCAAAACGGCGAACGGUAUGGCGACCGACUCGUGCACCAUUACCGUGUUCGAGCUGGAGAAGAAGGCCGAGGUCGAGCUGGUACCGCCAACCUUCCUCACCCCGCUGAGAGAACACUACCACCCGACGACGAACGAUCUGCACCUGGAGAUUCGGGUACGCGGUAACCCGGUACCGACCUUCCGCUGGAUGUGCGACGGCAUCCCGGUACAGAAGAGCGAGAAGUACGAGAUCUACAACCAGCACUACUACGAGCAGGGCACCAAGGUCACCACCGUGCAGCUGAUCAUCAACGAUCCGCAGAUGCGUGACAGCGGCAAGUACACGCUCAUCGCCACGAACGACGUCAAGAAGGUGGAGAUGUCGCGCCAGAUCAACAUCCCGCUGCGCUUCGAGGGCAGGGUGGUACACGUGCCCAAGAAGCGCAUGGACGACGUGGUGGUACAGAACGAGGCCCCGCGUGUCCUCCCGAAGCCCCCGACGCCGGAGCCGGAACCGGUGGUCGAGGAACCGCCACCACCCGAGGAUGCCACCGAGGAGGGUGAAGGCGAAGAGCAGGAGGAAGCAGAGGUGGAAAACGAGGAUGAGGAGGAGGAGGAGUAG